GCCAAAGCCAUGUCGAGAAAAUUGCAUUGAUAAAGCAGUGCAUUGAUAAAGCAGUGCAAAGACGCCGUCCAAACUGUCCGAAACCUGUACCAUGCAGAACAGGGAGCUCGCGAAAUCAGAGCCGCCGAUUUGCAGAAGUGUAGUUCGGAGCUCCAAACUCUCUACCGUCAGUAUCUUGCCAUGAACCAAGCCCAUAUCGGCCGUUCCGGCGAACCGAACAAGCUCGAGACAGAGUUCCAGGCUGCUCGGACCCAGUUCGAUGACCUCGACAGUCGAUAGAACGCAGAACGUGGAGACAAUCGGAACCCGACUGGCGGAAUUGAAGGUCCUGGAUGAUAAAUCUGCCUACGCUGAGCACCUGUACAGGGAGGCGCUGGCACAAUGGGACGAUUUCCAGGCAGUGGCAAGGGAGGUGCAAGCGACAUGUCGAGCUACGUCGUCCUGGAACAGAGAGCUCGCGGACGUCUUUGAUCGGCACAUCCUUCAAGUGCGACUGAUCCUGCAGACCACCGACGCAUGUAAGCAACAGCUUCGAGAGCAAGACCAAGCUCUUCAAGAGCGAACCAGGCAGCUUCAAACCCAAGCAGAGUCCAUUGCCAGACUCAAGGCCCUGCACGUCGACCUGGAACACAGAUUUCAGACAGAGUCCAUUGCCACGCUCAAGGCGCAAUACGCCGACCUUGAACACAGAUUUCGGACCCUGGUGAGGGACGGCCCUUGGACCAAGGAAGAAGAGGAUGAUACGAAGGCGCAGCUGGGCAACAGAGCCAAUUAGACCUACAUACGAGGGCAGCACGACAGUACAAAUUGCUCCAGCAUCACGAUUGAAGUUGUCCUCAAAACAGUCGGCGACCAGCGCUCGCAAGUCAACGCGAAGGAUCUUGCCAUCCGGAGACAGAUGUAUGGACAAAGCAGAGGGAAGAGGUUACCCACGGCUGGUUCCAAAAGGGAAAAGGGAAGCAAAUUCCGAAUGAGAAAAAGGUGCGCUGGAUACUG